ACCGUCCUCUCCUCGGUGAGGGUGGAGUGCCCCCACGAAGGCUGUGGGCUCUACGUCACUUACCACAAGCUCGCCGAUCACCAGAGCGUGUGUUCGCUCAUGCCCUGCAAAUGCCUCGUUCCAGUCUGCGGCUACGAAGGCCCGCCACCGUGGCUCUCCCACCACAUCAGCACCGUGCAUCCCAUGCCCGUGCACAGGAUCCAGUACGGCAAGGCGCUCCAGCUGCAAGUGCCACUGUCGGAGCCACGGCUCUUUCUCUUCGCGGAGGAGGACGGCCGCGCGUUUUUCUUGGUCGGCGGCGUGCUCGACAUUGGCGCGCCUAUCGCCGUGUCGGUCGUCUGCAUCAGAGCGGGGGCGUCCCCACUGUCGCACUACGUGGCCAAGCUGUGGGCGAACAGCCCGCCGGGGGAGCCCAAAGGUAGAACCGACGUCGUCAAGGUGGAAAUGGAGGUGACAAGCAGCAGGGAUCUGGGCGACGUCGCCGUGCAGGAGCUUACCUUCUUCACAGUUCUGCCCAAGCUGCUGGCCGGGGCUAAGCUGAUGUCCCUCCACAUUCAGAUUGACAAG